GGUGGCAGACAAUCAUACCCUUCAGUCAUGCUGCCCGGGGCGCAGCCAUGCUUCCAGCUGCUUCGAAUCGGCUCAUCGACAGGCGACUCGGCGCGGGACCUGUACACGUUCAGGCCGGCUCUGAGCCACUCUGUGUUUCGUCUGGGCCGAGCGGCGGAGCUGUGUGAUGUCACGCUGGACUCGGCGUCGGUCUCCCGCAUCCACGCCGAGCUGUAUGCCGAGAGGGAGGCGAGCGGAGGUGACGCAUCGCCGCAGGAGGAGGGCUGGAGAGUUCACAUCAAAGACAGGAGCAGUCAUGGCACCUGGGUCAAUGAGGUCCGCCUCCAGCCUGGCGUCCAGUGGGAGCUCUCAGAUGGCGACACGCUGACCUUCGGUGGCCAGUCGGCUCCAGGGAGCCCCGAAUUCUACUUCCUCUUUCAGAAGGUCAAAGUUCGCCCGCUGGACUUCGAUGCCAUCACAAUUCCAAAGGCGGGAACCUUUUCCUCUGACAUACAGAACCGGAUCAGGACUAACCCGGACCGCAAAGUGGCAGCCAACCUGGACCUGUCCAAGCUGUCCAUCAACCGGGCCACCGUCAUCCUCAACUCCAUCGGCAGCCUCAGUAAGAUGAAGGGCAGCCCCUGGACCUUUAAGAGGAGCUACAGCCACGAGGGGACCGUGUCAGACCCCGGCUGCUCCUCCUCGCCUCCUCUCAGCGUGGGCUUCUCCUCUCUGCUCUCUCCCUCCACCCCUCCGUCAUUGUCCUCUGAAGCCUCGGUGCCUUCAACAAAGUCCCUCCCACCAACCUCCAGGAGCAGGAGGAAGUCGGCUCACACGGUGCUCCUCGAAGACGACAGCUCAGACGAGCCCAGGAGUCGAGGAGCUCUGGCGGGAGUUGUGGAGGACGGACAGAGAGCGAGAGGGAAGAAGAGGCGGCGUCUCUAUAAGUCUGAGUCAGAGGGUUUCAGUUCUCCUCCUCCUCUGCCGCUGCAUCCCAAGAGCCACAACGACGUCAGGCGGCCGCUGGAGGCCAAGCCCUUCCCCGUCGGCAUCAGGACCAUUGGCAGUUUCCACGGCGCCAUGACGAACAGCAGACUCGGCCACCACCUGCUCCAGGCGUCGUUCACAAACGCUGCCGUUCACAAACAGGAGGUGGGGACGAUGCACCGGAUCAAGACGGUGGUGCAGGGCAACAUCGCAGCUUUCCGCCAACAGAAGUCCGCCCACAGUUCUCCAGCAGCGCAGAGGGGCAGGCGAAGGGCUCACAGCUCCCCAGUUUUCUCUCCCCUGGUGGUGGGAGGGGAGAACUACAGCCUGGCCUCGCCUUCAGUGAGGAUCCGCACAGAGGAGAGAGGGAGGGUCCAGUUCAACAGAUUUCACCAUCAAACUAGCAAGAGACGAGGCCGCCCCAGGAAACACCCUCUCCCUCCCCGGCCGUCCCUGCCCUCUCCAUCCUCCUCAUCUUCCUCUUCCACCUCCUCGGCCUCCUCCUCUUCGGGCUCUUCCUCUUCCUCCUCUGAGGACGACGACGAUGAUGAUGAAGAAGAGGACGAGGAGACGACGGUCGGGGCGGUGGAACCGUGCGCGGCGCCGCGCUGUAAGCUGCCUCAGCAGGAUACGGUGCAGUGGAUCCAGUGCGACGUGUGCGACGCCUGGUACCACAUAGACUGUCUGCACGUCGGCCGCAAGAAGCUCCUGAUGGACCCGAACGCUGACUUCCACUGCGGCUGUCGCUGAUUGGAGAGAAUGUGCCUAUAAAAUGAAAGAAAUGCUCCAGUUUAGACUUUCGAGUUACCACAUUUUCCUUUUAAAUGUUUAUUUCAUUCAGCCGCACAUGGAAAUUAGCGUUCGACGUAUCAUCGAGGACAGGCUGCUGCGUCUUCACAUGGCCUGAGCUGCUCUUCCUAAGCAUCUAGUGCUUCUCUCUCUCCCUUCAACAGCAGCUGGCGAGGGCGGGAACAUUUUUACGUCCUGAUCAUCCCAAGUUUUAGGAUUUGUGCUCUAACAGUCACACAGCUGCUUCACAAACCUCUUGUUCGCUCAGUUUCAGGGCUCAGGAUUUGGAGGAAGGCGAUGAAAUGUCUCGGGUCAGAUUUCAUUAUGGCUCUGACUGUCUGGAGAGGUGCGAUCAGGGCGGGAGGAGAGGAUGAUGAAAUGAUCCUGAGUGUGCUCUCUCUCCGUGGCUGAUGUUGACCAGGGGGCGGGCAGCGUUCAGAGAAGAUUAAUGAAAUGUUUCAGACGGGGCUGCCACAGUAGCAGUCUCUACGAGAUGAUUAAACUUUCUCAGAUGUCUCAGUGCAGCCACCUUCACUGUUUUACCAAGCAGCUCAAUUUUUCAGGGCAGAAUAGGACCUCAGAAGAUCACUACCCCCAAAGAAAACAGCCCACCUCAGCCGGCGAUAAUAAAACUGGAUGAAAUGUUUCAGCGCAGCUUUCCUGGGUGGCAGCAGCUGUCUGGGACUGGGCGUGUGAUGUUUCAAGAUAAUUAAAUGGCAGGAAAUGUGUCAGCAGACUUCUGCUGUUGCUGCUGAUGAGAGGUGCUCUUGGGACAGUAAUCAAAUGUUUGAAGGCACUCCUGCAGAAGCAGCAGCUGGGUGGGGGUGGGGGUGGGGGUGUAUGUACACGGGGACUGUGCUGUUAUGAGAUGUCUGAGUGCAGACUGGCAGUAACACCAUAAACGGGUUCAGAAAAGGAUCUCGUCGUCGCUGACCGGUGGGCUGAGUCACAUGUUCGUGUUUAUGUCAGAUCUUUUUUUUUUUUUUUAAGGUCGUCUCUUUCCGCCAGUCUCCACCUUUCAGUGUCUCUUCACACUACUGAGCUCUUGGGCCAAAGUGUUUUUGUCCUGGGUGGAGUGGGCUGGGCCUCGCCGAGCAGCUCUCCUCCACUGAACAGCAGAUGUACGCGUAUCUUUGCUCGGGUGCUGCUUGAGUAGAAGAAAAUCGAAGCAAAUCAAAGCGUAUAACCCCAAACUCUUCUCUGAAGCACCUUUCUUUUAUUUAAUUCUAAAUUCCUUCUUGACUUACCAGGACAAAAACCGGCGUUUAAACAGUUUACCUUCUGUACCUCAUAUUGUGUUGUUAAAGUAAAAAGAGUAUAGCUGGUCUGUGUUGGUGUUGUGUAAACAGCCAACUACCAGCUUUCACUCCGAUCGAACCACUGUGGCACAGCUGCAGUUUGUUUGGAGUGAUAGGAAAGUGGGAGGUAAAGUGGAAAACCUGAUUCUUGAGCAAUAAAAUAGGAAAAAAAAAAAAUCUAAAAAAAUCUUUAUAGAUGUAUAUUUUUGAACUUGUUAAUGACGGAUGCUGUGGACUGCAGCUUUGCAGGAUUAAGACUGUGCUUCAGAGCGCACAGUCAAAUCAAAGUGAUUCACUGAGGCUUAGAGACUGAUUACACAGCGACUCUCCUGCUACCUCACUGCCGUCUCUCAGCAGGAUGGUUAGCUGUGCUAACUAAAUGAUCGACUACGCAGAUGCAAAGACUAUGUUAGAAAGCAGGGAGGAAGUUGAAAAUUUCAGAUAACUGCCCUGGGGUCAGUUAUUUUCAAUUCAGAGGAUUAAUUAAAAAAAAAAAAAAAAAAAAAAUCCAAGUCUGUGUUUAAUGGAAUGAAUAAAUGUAGUGUUACCAGCCAAAGGGCUGUCGUUUCACUUGAAAUAAUUUCAUUUUGUUUGGACAUCGUAUCACCAUGAAAAUAACCAACUAUUUUACUGCAGUAAUACAUUAUCAAUUAUAGGAGUGAACGUAAUAUCCUAAUACUAUAACACAGAUUUAAGGACCUGUUUGGUCGGGUUUUAAGUUUUCUCUGUUGGUCUCCUGUCGGUUGUUUUGUCAGUUGAGUUCAUCAGUAAAGAUCCAAGUGUGGAAUAUUCUCUUUGUCUUUUAGAUUCUGAGCUCUAAAGAUAUUUAACUGCCUCUCUACGUCUUCCAAGCUUCACUCAGAGAAACGUGCCAUCUCCGCCACACCGUCGGCGGUUUGCAGUAUUAUGUAGCCGUGUUCGUGCACCUCGUGUUUUUAUGGCUUCGUUUCCUGUGCCAAACAGUUGUAAAGCUCUUUAAAAGGAUGUUUCUCCAAACUGCAGUUACAGAUGUGAUAAAACCAGCGACACACAGAGCGAGAACCAGGGAAGAGUGUGACACUGAAAAUGGAGAACGUUGUUUUCAGCUCAAAUUGCUCGAUUACUGUAAAUCAGGAUGCAGCUUGAAGCUGGUUUCACUCCAUGUGUCACACUGCUGAUGCUACCAGUUAGCAUCUGUGGCUGUGGGAGAUUGUAAUGGGCUUUUUCUGUCUUUCUUUUUUUUUUUUUUUUACAAUUUUAUUGCAUUUAAUAGACUUGAUUGAUUGAUUGAUU